AAAAAAGAUUAGUGUACUGUAUUAAUUUAAAGAUAAAAAGCUAACUAAUAUCUUUGUAAAAUAUAGUAAAUGAGUAAAUACCAAACAGAAUCAACAAAAGUUAGAAAGGAUGAAGUAGAGGGUCAUUAAACUUCAUUCUAAUAAGAUAAAUAAUACUCAUAUUCUAGAGCUUCUUAACAAGGAUCUAAAAUAUUAGACAACGUUAACUAAGUUUUAAAUAACAACAAUAAUAAAUUAGGAGAUAAAAAUAUAUUAGAUAUGAUAGAUAACUCAUUCCAAGAUAAUUAAAAAUAGGAAGCCAAUCAAAAUUAAGAAGCUGGUUAAAUUAAUAAUAAAGAAAAAAGAGAAAAUGUAGCAGAAUAAACCAAUUUGUAGCAAGAGAGCAAUUUAUAAUUGUAAUAAUAACUUGAAAAAAAUAAUGAAACUGAAUAAGAAUAAGAUUAAAAAUUAAAAGCCUCAGAGCGUUUGUUCUAGUUUUUCAAAAAGGGUCCUGAUACUGUAAACUAGUCAUCUAAAAAUAGUGCUACAUUAUUGAUGAAAUCUUUAUCUUUAAAAAGCAAAGGCGAUUUAGGGAAGAUUGAAUAGAAAAAAGAUCUGAAAAAUUCAGCUUUUGAAUAGGAAUAGAUUAUUGAUGAAGACGAAUUUGCUAAUUUGGAUGAAUAACAAGAUUUUAAUUAAGAUGAUAAGCAAAAAAAUAACUAAAAGAAGAAGUAAGAAGUAGGAGGAAAAGUAAAUAAUCCUUAAGAUUUUGGCAACAUAUCUGAAAUCUAGGAAAAGAAGAACCUACGUGAAAACAACGAUGUAAGUGCUUAAGAUGUAGAUUUGUAAGACCUCUUGAAUAAUCCUAAUAAAAAGAAACAGGAUGAGGAGCUAUUAAAAUAAAGCGCUAUCUUAGAAUAAAUCAAUACUAAUUAGAAUUCUACUGAUUAAGUGAAUGUAGAUGAGGGAAAGAGAAAAUAAAGCAUUGAAAAAAAUAAUUUAUCUUAAAAUAGUAUGAGAAAUUCAAAGAGACUUGGUAGCUCUUCAUUAAGUCCAUAGAAUAACUAGUUUGAAUCAGAAGAGAAGAGAAAGAGAAUUGAAGAAGCCUAGCGCAAAAAGAGAGAAUUAGAAGAGGAAUUAAAGAUAAUUUAAAGUGAAAUAGCUUAAAUAAAUAAUGCCAAUGAUGAAAAAAAGAAAAAAGAAAACAAAUUUGUAAAAUACUCUGAAAUUUCAGAAGACAAGGAAGCACAGGAACAUGCUUUAAGUUUAAUAAGAAAAAUGAAUAUGGUACGUAAGGAAAAAGAGCUUAAAAUGUAAAAGGAGAGGGACAUGUUUAAUAAGCUGUUGCAAGAAGAUAUUAAAGAAUCUCACGAAAGAUAGCUGCGAAUUAAAGAAAAGAUGAAUGAAGAAAAAAAAGAAAAAAUUUCAUAAAAGCUCGAGCAAAUUAGAAUACGUAGUGAAGAAAGAAGAAUAAUAAAUAAACAAUCAAAUUUAAUUAUAAAGGAUAUCAAAAAAGAUUUAUAGGUUAAUAACCCUGAUGAGCGCUAUAAGUAGGAAGUCGAGCUUCCAGAACUUGAAAAAAGGAAAAAAGAAUUAGCUGAAAAGCGCAAGCUUUAUAAGCCUAUAGAUCUUUAAGAAAUAAGGGAGCAUGCAAAAAAACACGAUGAAGAAAUUAAGAUUCGUAAAUUGUAGGCCAAGACUAAUGUAUUAGCUGAGUAUAAUAGUUUAGAAGGAGAUAAUUACAAAUAUCCUAAAACAUCUGCUUUAAAUAAAGUGCUUGAAGAUGAUAAGCUCUUUAAAAUGAAAGAAGUUAUUGAAAUGUAAAAGAAAAAGGAAUAAAUCGAACGUAGAAAGGAGUAUGCAAAGUUAGUAAAAGAAGUUCAUGUGCCAAGAGUCAAGCCAAAACCUAAUUUAGAUAGCAUGGAAAAUUAACAUCUUUACGAUGAUGAAAGCCAAAAUAAUUACAAUCCUUAAUAAUAGUCAUAGGCUAAGAGCCAUAACAUCAUAAGAACACCAAAUAAUUUUGGAAUUAAUUAAUAAUCACAUAGAGCUAAGAAAGUUGGAAUUGGUUUUUCUUCAAAUUCAAAUUUAUCCCCUUCAAAUCAAUAAAGUAGAGUCAAUAGAAUUUCUUAUAAACCAAACAAAAAUGGCAAUGUAAACAGAAGCUAAGGCAGAGAGCGAUCAUAGGAAUAGACUAAUUUCAGUAAAUAGGACUAAUAAUUAGAAUUGUAUAACAGGACUGACGAUUUAUCUAACCAAAAAAGUAGUCUCUAUAAUCCUGCUUUUGAUGAUAAUAUGGAAAAUAAUGAUAACAAUAAUAAUAGAGCUUCUAACCUAUAUGCUGGCAAAUCAUCUUACUCUUCAAAUUCAGCCUAAAAUAAGCCAGUAAAAUAGCCAAAAUAAUUCAAACCUUAAGCAAUGGAAGAACCACCAAAACCACCACAAAAAAAAUAUUAAGUAGAUUAUAUCCAAGAAUUACGUAAAUAGCGUGAAGUAUAAGAAAAGAAAGUUGGGAAAAAGUCUAAACUAGAAGACUGGGAAAAGUAUAAAUACGAUCCUUCUCUCUCAAGUAAUGAAAAAUAUAAAUUUAUUCUACAAAGUGCUAAUCGCUUAGAGCACAAUGCAAAGCUUAAAGAACUACGCAGCAAUAACAAUAACGACUUUGAUGCAUAAGAAUAAGCAAAUAAUCUCUACAUAGACUCAAUAAAAGCAAAGCUAGCUCUUCUCGAUAAUAUUAAUUGA